AUGGACGCAGCGACCGAGUCCUACCUGCUCCUGCUCCUCUCCGAUGGAAACCUGCCGACGGGCGCGUUCGUAGCCUCCUCCGGCCUCGAAUCGCACACCACCCACGCCCUCGGAUCAGCGCGGGAUCCGCUAGGAUCCACCGUCGCGUUCGUCCGGGACAGCGUACAGACGUACGCCCGGAGCGCGCUUCCGUUCGUGCGCGACGCGCACCGCGCCGUCCUCGCCUACGCGUCGGGUGUAUCGGGCGCAGGCGCAGAUGCAGACGCAGACGGCGCAGCAAUUCUGGACACGCUGCUCCGGUUGGACGCGUUGUACGAGGCGAACACCCUCAAUCACGUCGCGCGGCGUGCGUCCUGCGCGCAGGGCGUCGCGCUGCUCACCCUCUACACCAAGGGCUUCGCGUGCCCUCCGUUUCUUGCCUCCGUGCAGCCAGAGGAGAAGAGGGAGAAGGAGCGGAGGGUGGCCAGGCUGGUUGAUCGUCUGAAGCUGCUCGUCCGCGGCGAGAAGACUCAUGGGCACCUCCCCGUGUGCUGGGGCGUCUUGGUCGGCGCUCUUGGUCUAUCGUUAGAACGAGGCGCACACCUGCACCUCUUCCUCCACGCUCGCGGCCUGCUCUCUGCAGCCAUCCGCAUGAACUCUAUUGGCCCCUACGCCGCACAGCAGCUCCUCCUCCACGCAGUCCGACCCCUCGUCGAUGCCGAGGCGAAGCGCACCGAAGGUCUUUCCACCGGCGUAUUGCGCGAGGCCGAUGAAGAGGAGGACGUGUUCGCCCAGGGUCGAUUGGGUCCCGCGAGCACUUGGCCGCUGGGAGAGAUUAUCGCAGCUCGUCAUGACCAGUUACAUUCAAGGAUAUUUAACAGUUGAGAGCUCACUGUCAACCCACGCCCUUGUCGACGUCGCUACAUCCAACGAGGCAAGUGAUCGCACUCGCGUUGUUUGUCAGCGAUGUGCUGCAUCCUCAGUCCCUCAGUCGAUAUAGAUUUUUCUGCUGAAUCUAUCCAUCCGCCCCAGAUGGGGAGA